AUGGCUGUCUCAGUCCUUCGGCUGACAAUUUUUCUGGGAAUCCUUGUCUUAAUCCUGACCUGCCACGCUGCAGAUGACAAAGCAGAAGAAAACUCUGAGAGCAAGCCAGAGGAUUCAGGCAAGAAUCCAGAGCCAGAUUUCCCCAAAUUUCUGAACCAACUGGGCACAGAGAUCAUUGAGAAUGCAUUCGAGUUCAUCCUCCGUUCCAUGAUGUCCCGGGGAACGUAA